AUGACAACUCAUAAUAUUCAAUUCCAAGAAGAAACCAGAAACAAUAAGAAAAACACUACCGCAUCCAUAAAAAAUCUUGAAGUUCAGAUGGGUCAAAUAGCACAACAAUUAGCCUCGAGUUCUCAAGUACAAGGUGCUCUACCUAGUGCAACUGUGACAAAUCCUAGAGAGCAUAAUAAUGUUAGUGUUGUGACAACGAGAAGUGAUAAAUCUCAUGAAGUCCUUGAGGAGACAACUAAAGAUGAAGAUCAAUUAAUCGAAGUGGAUCUUGAGAUCAAGGAAAAUGAAGUUGUGAGGGAAGAAUUGGUUGCACCGAAACAAGUGGUGAAAGAAAAAGUCGUUGAACCAAAGCCAGUCAUUAAGAUUCCCUUUCCCACCAGAAACAAGAAAAAGGGGCAACAUGAGAAAAAAUUUGAGAAGUUCCUAGAGUUAUUCAAGAAGCUAAAAAUCAACAUUCCGCUUUUGGAAGCACUUGAACAAAUGCCUACCUAUGCCAAGUUCAUGAAGGACAUCAUUUCUAAGAGGUGUACCAUUGACACCAACCCGAUUAUUCUAAUCGAAACAUGUAGUGCUAUUUUACAGGGUAUGGAGAUCCCAACGAAGAAGAAAGAUCGAGGAGUUGUCACUAUUCCUUGCACCAUCAGAGAUAGGUCAUUCAAAAAAGCUCUUAUUGAUCUAGGAGCCAGUGUGAUUCUCAUGCCGUUGUCCAUUUACAAGAAACUGGGUAUAGGGGCAGUGCAAGAUACCAGGAUGGCACUUCAAUUCGCAGAUCAUUCGGUUAAGAAACCUUAUGAUAUUGUUGAAGAUGUUUUAGUGAAAAUUUACAAGUUUGUAUUCCUGGUGGAUUUCGUGAUUCUAGAAAUGCCCGAGGAUGAAGAUAUUCCUCUCAUUCUUGGGAGACCCUUUUUAGAGACUGGAAGAUGCGUGAUCAACAUAGAGGAAGGUACUAUAACUUUUAAGGUUUAUGAUGAGGAAUUAAAAAUUGAUGUUCGAAACACCACAAAAUACAAAGACAAUAUUGGCACCAGUCAUACAAUAGAAGUUAUGGAUCAAGUGAUUACUUAUGAUAGUCCUUUGAAUGCACCACAGUUACCUCUAGAAAGAGUGUUGAGUUUGUCCAUUUUUUAUGGUGAUAAAGAAGUGGAAAAUGGGGAAUCCGAAGUGCUGGCCAUGAUAGAUGCACAACCCCAUUGGAAAGGAUCUCGACCACACCGGUGGGAAGAUUUAUGA